GCAAUUUAGAGACUUUGCAGUCAUUAAGCCCCUCCAGCUUUAAGGAAGAUGCCCUGAUUGUGGACAAUUGUAUACAGACGAACAAGGGAAUAAAUGCUUGAAAAUGUAAUGGAUAUCCACCGGGUAUUUACCUCGUAUGUCGUCAUAUGCAGAAGCGGUUCAUAACCUCUGCUUGACUCUAUGGGAGGGGCUCUGUGAUGCUGAAGCUGAAGUUUCUACAUGCAGAGCAGGGACAUUUGUUAUGUUUUGAUCUGAUCACGCUGAAGCCCAUUGCUGUUGCAGCUUGAUUAGAUUUUAUAGUUUAACUUCAAAUUUUGAACGUCUGCUUUAUAAAAGGGGUGUGUUUGAGUCCAAGUUGCAACAGGAUUUUAUUUGGUGGAUCUCUUUGGGACUCAGGCAAAUGUAACCUUCAGGACCAUACAAAGAUUGAAUCCUAUACUUUUCCAGCUAAAACAGUUGUCAAAAGGGUUAAGGCCUUUUCUUCUUCUUCCCAGACUGGAAACCCUGACUUAAAGAUUCAGUGAAUCCUCACCUGUAAACCCUCUCACCAUGGAGCACUCCCCCUCCAUAAACUUGUCAGUGGUGGAUGGAGACGAUGUGGCGGACCAGCGCCCCCUCCUCCCACCAAGGAUUGCUCCUCCACCUCAGGCCUGCUCUCCACAGUGUGGGAUACACCACACAGUCCAAACAUCAGCUGAUCACACCGUGUGGCUGGACAGAACCCAGGCCAUGGCCACCACACCUUUAUACAACGGCCACCUCUAUGUCACACCUUCACCUCGCUCCAACAGGAAAAAAGACAAAGGCAAAGAGAAGAAAUGUGAGAAAAGGUCAGGGAGGAUUAGACAACAUCCAGCACACAAGGAGUGUAAUCACCAGUGCAAAGCCAAAACCACAGAAGCUAAAAGACUCCAGGAGAAAGUCACCUCUCUCCUUGACGUCCACAUUUCUCCCUGUGGGUCACCCUUUGAGGCCCCCUGCAGGUCACACUUAGACAUCAAGGAUGUUGAGGGCAAAGGGCAACGCAAGUCAGGCAACAUUUCUUUGGAGAUGCACAACCGCCAGAGUCUCCCAGAGAUCAUCAUCACCAGCAAAGAUGAUGACUUCCAGUCACACAAUGAGAUCUUCCAGCAUCGCCAGGACCUGAGUGAGGCUAAAGGCCUUCUGCCAGGAGCCGAAAGUCCCAGUCCAAACCCCAAUCCCAUUUCCCAGACCAGCCCAAAACACGAGAACGCCAAGCAGGACGCCAAGCAGGAUGCCAAGGAUGAUGCCAAAGAUGACUCGUACUGGAAAACCCACAACAUUGGCUGGCGGCUGGUCCACAGGAGGGCUCUGUUUUUGAGGAGGCAGCAGCUGAACGACUGCGCCCUGGCGGUGGGGAUUUUUGGGAUGUUGCUGAUGGUGAUGGAGACAGAACUCUCCUGGAGCGUCUACAGCAAGAGCUCUGUCUACUCCCUCGCUCUCAAGUCUAUCAUCAGUUUUUCUACGAUCAUCCUGCUGGGCCUCAUCAUAGCGUACCACUGCUGUGAGAUUCAGCUCUACGUUCACGACAUUGGUGCAGAGGAUUGGCGGAUUGCCAUGACAUCAGACCGUUUGGCUCUGGUAGCCCUGGAGCUGGCAGCGGUGGCCAUUCAUCCCUAUCCAGUGGGUCUGAUGGAGUACUUCCAGCAGACCUUCCAGCAGUCCACAACUCCCCUGAGUAUUUCCGAGACGGAGCUGGAGAUCAUCCUGGCUCUUCCCAUGUUCCUUAGGCUCUACCUGCUGGGCCGGUCCAUGAUGCUGCACAGUCGCCUCUUUACUGACACCGCAUCUCGCAGCAUUGGAGCGCUCAACAAGGUGGGCCGAGGGGUCUGUAGAGGUGUGACAAUUGAGAUACACUUCAACACCCGGUUUGUGGGGAAAACACUAAUGACCACCUACCCCGGGACUGUGCUGAUGAUUUUCAGCGUCUCUCUGUGGAUUGUGGCAGCGUGGGGCUUACAUGUUUGUGAGAGACACCACAACUACAGGGACCUGAGUAGCAACUACAUGGAGGCCUUGUGGAUGGUCUCUGUCACUUUCUUGUCCAUCGGUUAUGGAGAUGUGGUGCCUCACACCUACUGUGGUCGCAGCAUCUGCCUCCUCACUGGGAUAAUGGGAGCUGGCUGCACAGUCCUGGUCGUAGCGGUGGUUGCCAGGAAGCUGGAGUUGACCAGAGCAGAGAAACAUGUUCACAACUUCAUGAUGGACUCCCAUAUCUCCAAGAGGAUAAAAAUUGCUGCAGCAAAUGUGCUGAGAGAGACUUGGCUUAUCUACAAACACACUAAGCUGUCAAGAGAAAGAGACCAGACCAGAGUCCGCACGCACCAGCGGAAGUUGCUUCUGGCCAUCCACCAGCUGCGGCAAGUGAAGAUAGAAAAAAGGAUACUUGCGGACCAGGGAAGCACACUUGUGGACUUAAACAAGAUGCAAACCCUCAUGUAUGACAUGCUGUCGGAGGUGCAGGGAUGCAGGGAGGAGCUGGACACACACAUCCACAGCCUGGAGAAGCAUGUGGAAGAACUGAGGGAGGGCUUCAGGAGCCUGAUGCCCCUCCUUUCCAACACCCUAUCCACGCAAAAUUCCUCCAUCCGCCACCUGCUCAGGGAAAGGGAGGUGAAGACAGAAACCGCUGGUGCGAGUGUAGACAGAGGCUGAAGGUGAUGAAGAGGCUCCUCAGGUGCUCCUGGAUGAGUUAUAUGCCUAUAUUGCAGCUAAAAUGAUCAUGUUGGGACAUUUUUCUUACAGGAGAUGGACAGAUGUGUUAUGUCAAAUUGUAUUUAAAAAAAAAAAA